CCUAGCGUACAAUCAGUCCAGUUCAUCCAACUAAACGCAGCAUCAUGAAAGUGCUAGUACUUGCCGCUUUUGCCAUCUGCGCCAUUCUUGGCAGUGCCACCGUCGUUAGUGGAAAGACGUUCGGCAAAUGUGAGCUGGCCAAGAUCCUGGUGGACAAAGGUAUCGCCAAAAGUGCAGUUCCGGAUUGGAUCUGUCUGGUGCAGCAUGAAAGCGCAUUCAGUAGCACGGCAACGAACAAAAACAAAAACGGAUCCACUGAUUACGGAUUGUUUCAAAUCAACAAUAAGUACUGGUGUGACUCGGGCUACGGUACCAACGAUUGCAAAAUCGCCUGCAAAAGCUUGAUCAACGACGAUAUCACGGAUGACAUCAAGUGCGCCCAGCUAGUGCACCGCAGGCAUGGUUUCAACGCGUGGUACGGUUGGCUGAAUCACUGCAAGGGAAAGACGCUCCCGAGUGUGACCGAGUGCUUCUAAGAGAAUGGUGCGGAGGAGGACACAUCGUCUGUCAAUCGUCACCACCGACCAAGUCCUCGAUGCAUCAACGCCAACGUCGGGAUUCGCUUUCGAUAAAAGGUUCUGUCCGCCCCUUGGCCCCGGUAGCCAGCUGGUGGUGGUGGGGCACGGUCUUCCACGCAAAUAAUAACAAUUUUAUUGUAGUAAUAUGA